AUGAGUCUUAGUCUGUUGAGUUCACCUCCCGUUGGAGGCGGAUUGGUAAAGAUCCUCGCACCCAGAUUGCCUCUAGUUGGAUCUGCUCUAAUAGCAAGAUAUGGUAGACGCCAGAUGCACAGAUUGACCUUGCAGAGCAGUCUGCUGAGCGGUCGUCGAUUUUAUGCAAAGAGUGUGGAUGAUAAAGGCCCUGAGCCGGCUAAAAGUGAGGAAAAUGAAACAAAGAGACCAGUGGGAGAAGCCGCAAAUGCUGGUACUUCAUCGCAGAUUGUUUCGCAUGCUAUACUGGCAAAAAAGGAACAAGAAGCUAACAAAGGCCUAGCGAAUCCUGAUGCACAGGCAGCCUUUUACAGACUGUUGUUGCAAUCUAAUUACCCCCAGUAUGUGGUUUCUCGUUUCGAAACACCUGGUAUUGCAUCCUCGCCGGAGUGUUCGGAGCUGUACAUGGAAGCUUUGCAAAGGAUAGGCAGACAUUCCGAAGCGGAUGCUGUCAGACAAACGCUGUUGACAGCUAGUUCGGCCGGUGCUGUAAACCCCUCACUGGCCUCUUCAGGUGUUAACUCGCCAGCUUAUCAUGGAACGUUCCCCUCCUUGUAUUCACCUUCUUAUGGGUCUCGUAAAGAACCCUUGCAUGUCGUCGUGACGGAGUCUACUUUCGCAAUUGUGUCAAGAUGGGUUAAAUGGCUGGUUAUUUUUGGUCUGUUAACAUACGGUGUCUCUGAAGCUUUCAAAUACAUCGCAGAGAACACUACUUUGUUGAAAUCUUCAGAGGUGGCUGAUAAAUCUGUUGAUGUCGCUAAGACGAAUGUUAAAUUCGAUGACGUUUGUGGCUGUGAUGAAGCGCGUGCCGAGUUGGAGGAAAUUGUGGAUUUCUUGAAAGACCCGGCUAAAUACGAGUCAUUAGGAGGUUCCUUGCCCAAAGGUGUACUUUUGACGGGCCCACCGGGUACCGGUAAGACUUUGUUGGCUAGAGCAACAGCUGGUGAAGCUGGGGUGGACUUUUUCUUCAUGUCAGGUUCAGAGUUUGAUGAGGUUUACGUUGGUGUCGGAGCUAAGCGCAUUCGUGAAUUGUUUUCCCAGGCGAGGGCUCGCGCACCAGCUAUUGUUUUCAUCGAUGAAUUAGAUGCUAUUGGCGGGAAACGUAACCCUAAGGAUCAAGCAUAUGCCAAGCAAACAUUGAAUCAGCUGUUAGUCGAACUUGAUGGUUUCUCUCAAACUUCAGGCAUUAUAAUCAUUGGUGCUACAAAUUUCCCAGAAUCUCUAGAUAAAGCUCUGACGAGACCUGGUAGAUUUGACAAAGUUGUGAAUGUUGACCUACCAGAUGUCCGCGGUCGUUCUGAUAUUUUGAAACAUCACAUGAAAAAAAUCACAAUGGCUGCUGAUGUUGAUCCAACAAUCAUUGCGCGUGGUACUCCUGGUUUGUCCGGUGCUGAGUUGGCUAACUUGGUCAAUCAGGCUGCCGUGUACGCUUGUCAAAAAAAUGCUAUAGCAGUGGACAUGCAACAUUUUGAGUGGGCCAAGGACAAGAUACUGAUGGGCGCUGAGAGAAAGACAAUGGUCCUCACUGAUGCUGCUAGGAGGGCAACCGCUUUCCAUGAGGCCGGGCAUGCAAUCAUGGCAAUGUACACCACUGGAGCAACUCCGUUGUACAAGGCUACGAUCUUACCCAGAGGUAGAGCUCUCGGUAUCACUUUCCAGCUGCCUGAGAUGGAUAAAGUUGAUAUCACCAAGAGAGAAUGUCUGGCUCGCUUAGACGUUUGCAUGGGUGGCAAAAUCGCUGAAGAAUUAAUUUACGGUAAAGACAACACCACCAGUGGUUGUGGUUCAGACUUACAAAGUGCCACAGGUACUGCAAGGGCCAUGAUUACUCAGUAUGGUAUGGGCACCCAAGUUGGUCCUGUAAAUCUAGCUGAUAAUUGGGAAACUUGGUCUGAUAAGAUUCGCGAUAUUGCGGACAAUGAAGUGCUUGAAAUCCUAAAGGAAUCUGAAGAGAGAACAAGGAAAGUUAUAGCGGAAAGAAGUGUUGAAUUACAUAGGUUGGCGGAAGGGCUCAUAGAAUAUGAGACAUUGGACGCUAAAGAAAUUAAGAAAGUUUGUCAAGGAGAGAAACUGAGCAAGUUGAAGACUGCGACAAAUACGGUGGUCGAAGGCCCCGACAGUGACGAACGUAAGGAAAUUGGAGGGGAUAAACCCAAACGACCAGCUUUCAUAAGCGCAUCAUGA